UGUUCUGAAUACGGGUGUGGGGAAAAAAAACGCGGUUCUCAGCAAAGCGCUCCUACAGCAUUUCACUGUCGCAGAUUAAUACAGAAAUUAAAAUGUCUGGAAGAGAAGGAGGUAAAAAGAAACCCCUUAAGGCUCCCAAGAAACAGUCCAAAGAGGCGGACGAUGAUGAAGUCCAGUUCAAACAGAAGCAGAAGGAGGAGCAGAAAGCUAUGGACGCGAUGAAAACCAAAGCAGCAGGAAAAGGACCAUUAACAUCCGGCGGCAUCAAGAAAUCCGGGAAGAAAUGAACGGGGACUUUUGGCCACCUUGACUUGACAGUACGCGCCCGGGAACUGUCCUGCCAAGCCGACGUCCAACAUUCGGUUCUGCUGAGGGUCCACAAUGCAAAUGUACACGAACUACUAUUUUAGUUAUGUUCUCAUCCUUUACGAUAAAACUGUCUGAAAUAAAGUUUUGUAAAUUACUACUUUAUUCAUAUUUUGUGUGAAUUAUAACACAAAUAAAACUAUACAAAACA